AGCAGUGCAAGGUUCGUAGUUAAAGGACUUCUUCCGUAGCCUUGGCCGGGUGUUUGUGUCUAUAUAUCGUUCGAUUCUAAGACCUACUCUCAGAAAAAAUACACAAAAACAUGGGUCGUAUAUUUCUCAAUCACCCCGGCGGGAUCACUUUGUAUUCUUGUGCGAACUGCGAUACAGCUUUGACGAACAGAUCGGAGUUAACAUCAAUGAGAUUCAAUGGAGCUACUGGAAGGGCGUUUUUGUUCAAGAAAGUGGUUAAUUUAACAUUCAGCAAUGUUCAAGAUAGAGUAAUGCUUACUGGAAGGCACAUGGUCAGAGAUGUCUUCUGUAAGAACUGCAACUCAAAACUUGGCUGGAUGUAUGAAUAUGCAACAGAGGAGAGCCAACAAUACAAGGAGGGCCAAGUUAUUCUGGAGCGGGCUUUGGUGACUGAAAGUGAAGGAAUUGAAGAAAUUGGUGACUUUGAUCAAUAGCAUUUCAGUUUGUUAACUUUUUGAGUUUCAGUGAUGAAAGCUGUUGUACAUAAAAUAUUAUGAAAUAUUUAACAUGAUACUUUGGGCAAAGUAGGGAACUUUCAGAAAUAAGAUAUUCCAUCAUUUGAAUAUUUAGACAUUUGAUUUUGAAAUAAGGGUAAGGGCAACUCUGAACUACUUGUUUCCCAUUUUUAGGAGUACAGCUUUAACAACAAUUAUCUGAUCUGUUCAUUGUUAUUCAAAUUAUUAUGAAUGUUUCAGCUGCUUAAAUUUUAGUUAUUACAAGUUGCAAAUUCUCCUGUACAUAAAGUUUAUACUGUAUAUAUUGCAUAUACCAAAUACCGAUUGGCAAAUUUUAAUAUAUUUCACCAUUGAGCAUAAAGUAACAGCUUUUCCAUAUUAAGUAACAUCAACAUGGAACAAAAUUUUGCAUAAUAUAAUGUGAACAAUUGUACUUUGUCUCUGUAUCAGGGAUAAGUAAGGCAAAUGAAAGUGUUUUUUCUGAUUUAUUGGUUUCCAAGACUGUUCUUGUUUUAACCUACAAAAUCAUUGUAAUUUCACUCAUUACAGAAAUGGGAUAAGAGCCGGUGGGAGAGGCUAGAUUAAUGGCAUCUCAAGUUAAUCUGUGAAUUAUUAUUGGUGAUUGUAUUUAGACUAUUAGGAACUAAGUUGUAAAUUGGCAGAGUAUGAGCAGAAUCACUCACGCCUAAUGAGGAACAUUUUGGGCAUUAGGAAACUUUUGAGCAUUUUGAAUUUUGCUUCAGUAAAAACUGAUAUUUACAUUAAAAGGGUCAUUCCAACAUUCAGUUCAUUUCAAUCCUUCCCAAUUUUGUUGAUCUACACAUUUGUUAGGACCUGCUACAUCUAACGAGUUUUCCAAAUAUUUCCAGCUGUUUUUGAUUCACCUUUGCAGCAAUACUUUGGACUUUUGAACAAUGCACCCCUAUCUGAUCUCUGUUGUUGUAAUCAAGUUUGUUACCAGGUUUGAAUCAUUAAAGGUGUUGAACUUGUUCAA